AUGGCGACAUCUUCGCGCACAACCGGAAAACAACCGGAAAACAACCGGCCGGUCCACCAAUGUCCGGAAUACAGCCCCGGGAAGCUAGAGGUCCUCGACCAGCUGCGACUCCUACAUAAACACUACUACGAUGUAAUUUCGACAAGCGAGGAGGCAUCCGACUGCAUUAAGUCGAUGCGUGUUCGUGGUGCACCCACUAUUGAGAUCGUAGCCAGCUUUGCGCAUGCUGUCGAGCUUCACAGUGGCAGCUGUGCUGCUACCAAACCCGAGGAGACGGUCAAACACAUCGACAGUUGCCUAGAUCUCCUCAAGGAAAGCCGCCCAACUGCCGUCGACCUUUCCAAUGCCAUCAAUCUCCUCAAGACGACAGUACGACAAGCCCAAAUCUCGAACGCCUGGCUCCAGGCCCAGCACAACGCAAGGCCGGAUAACAAGAUCUCCGUGCUCACGCACUGUAAUAUUGGCGCUGUUAUUAUAGGCACCGACCGCGUCAUACGUAACGGUGACACAGCCAACAAGAUCGGUACGUACUCGUUCGCAGUACUCGCGCGCUUCCACGGCAUUAAGUUCGUCGUCGCCCCUACGACGAGCAUCGAUCUCGAUACCGAGACCAGGUAG